AGACUUUCCGAUUUCUCGCCUUAUUCAUUGUAUUCUGCUACUUCGGUCCGAGCGAGUGUCGAAAUUCGUCAGACGCGUGUCGAUUUGUUGACUAGUGAAAAAUAUUCGGUCAUAUCGGUUUACUUACUGGAUUCUUCUGGCUAAUUUGCCUUUGUUAGAUCAAAAUGGACUACAACAAAAUGAAAGUGAACGACCUGAAGGCGGAAUUGGCCGCCCGUAACCUGGACACGAAAGGCGUGAAAGCGGUCUUGGUGGAGCGUCUCAAAGAAGCCAUCGAUAAUGAAAACAGCGGAACUCCUGCCGAUUCCACGCCAGCCGUUGCAGCUGCAAAAAAAUUGGAUGUGGGUACACCUGGUCAAUCCACACCUAUUCGUCGAAGUCGACGACGUUCGAUGACUAGGUCACCGUCCCCCACAAAAACUGAAGUAACCCAGUUGGAAAGCGUAAGCGAAGAGGCAGAACAAGCGGAUUCGGCGGAUCCAUCCAGCGCUCGCAAAAAGCGUAGAACCAGAUCGAUCACCAAGUCGCCAUCUCCGACAAGAACAACUGAAGUUAAGCGUUUGGAAGUGUUGGAAGAGGAGCCUGACGUUGCGGACAAAACUUCGGAACCAACAACCCCGAAGAAACCGUCGGUUGCCGACACAAAUGCUGAAAAAAAUCAAGUGACUCCGAAAGCUGAAACUACACCGACCAAGGCAGCUGCCAGUCCGGUGGUCACUCCUGUGAAGACAACUCCAACACCUAAGCAAUCAGUAACGCCUCAAAACGCAACGAAAACUGUCGUAACGCCAGCCAAAAGCCGCCGAUGCUAAGCCAACUGGACAAGUUACACCCAAGAAAUCAGCUUCCGAACCACAACCUGAUGCACCAAAAGAUUCCAAGACACCUGCUAAGAAUGAUACCGCCAAGCCAGAGGAGGCCGAUUCAAAGGAAGAGAAAACCA